AUGAAAAACCACACAGUACCCACAGAAUUCAUUCUUCUGGGGCUAUCAGAUGACCCAGAGCUUCAGAUUCUGAUUUUUCUCUUUUUAAUUAUCACAUAUAUAUUAAGUGUCACUGGUAAUUUGACCAUCAUCACUCUCACCUUGGUUGACUCCCAUCUACAGACCCCUAUGUAUUUCUUCCUCAGGAACUUCUCUGUAUUAGAAAUGUCCUUUACAACUGUCUGUAUUCCUAGAUUUCUGGUCACAAUUAUCACCGGAGACAAAACGAUUUCAUACAAUAAUUGUACAGCUCAGUUGUUUUUCUUCAUCUUCAUGGGAAUAACUGAGUUUUAUCUUCUAACUGCCAUGUCUUAUGACCGCUACGUGGCCAUCUGUAAACCCUUGCAUUAUACAACCAUCAUGAACAAAAGAGUCUGCAUUUUACUUGUCUUUUGUGCUUGGCUGGCAGGAUUCUUAAAUAUCUUCCCACCAGUUAUUCUUUUUCUCCAGUUAGAUUACUGUGGCUCCAAUGUCAUUGAUCAUUUUACUUGUGACUAUUUUCCCCUCUUGCAAUUAUCGUGCUCAGACACGUGGCUCCUCGAAGUGAUUGGUUUUUACUCUGCAAUAGUGAUUCUGCUUUUCACUUUGGCAUUAAUAAUUCUGUCCUACAUGUUCAUCAUUAGAACAAUUCUGAGACUGCCCUCUGCCAGUCAGAGAAAAAAGGCAUUUUCUACAUGUUCCUCACACAUGAUUGUCAUUUCCAUCUCUUAUGGAAGCUGCAUAUUCAUGUAUGCCAACCCUUCUGCAAAAGAAAAGGCAUCACUGACCAAAGGAGUGGCUAUUUUAAAUACUUCUGUUGCUCCUAUGAUGAAUCCGUUCAUAUAUACCCUGAGGAACCAGCAAGUAAAGCAAGCCUUUAAGGAUACUAUCCAAAAGGUUAUAUUUUUCUCCAGUAAAUGA